AGUCAGAACUGAGGAGGCCCUGCAUUAUACCCUCCCAGUUCCUCCUGCCCUGAGUUCCUCUUUCCAGGAGCAGCUCAGCCCAGAUAAAGCAAGGCCACUUCUCUGAGUGGGAGUAUAGGAGUGCAGUGUUCAAGAUGACUGCUGGAGUACAGGCCUCUCACUCGCUACUGCUGCUACUGCUCACCCUGCCAACCACAGGUUCGGACCCUGUGCUCUGCUUCACCCAGUAUGAGGAGUCCUCUGGCAGGUGCAAGAACCUACUGGGAGGAGGUGUCAGCGUGGAGGAUUGCUGUCUCAAUGCUGCCUAUGCCUUCCAGGAACGCAAUGGUGGCCUCUGUCAGAUAUGCAGGUCCCCACAAUGGUCACUAUGGUCCUCGUGGGCCCCCUGCUCAGUGACAUGCUCUGAGGGGUCCCAGCUGCGACACAGGCGCUGUGUGGGCAGAGGUGGACAAUGCUCUGAGAAGGUGGCUCCUGGGACCCUCGAGUGGCAGCUACAGGCCUGUGAGGACCAGCCAUGCUGUCCAGAGGUGGGUGGCUGGUCUGAGUGGGAACCUUGGGGGCCUUGCUCUGUCACCUGCUCCAAAGGAACCCGGACCCGCCAACGAUUGUGUGAUCACCCAGUCCCCAAGUGUGGGGGUCGCUGCCCAGGAGAGGCCCAGCAGUCAGAGGCCUGUAACAUUAAUCAGGUCUGCCCUACACAUGGGGCCUGGGCAGCCUGGGGCUCCUGGAGCCCCUGCUCAGGUUCCUGCUUUGGUGGAGCUCAAGAACCUAAGGAGACACGAAGCCGCAUGUGUUCUGCACCAGCACCAUCCCAGAAGCCUCCUGGGAAGCCUUGCUCAGGACUAGCCUAUGAAUAUCGGGGUUGCACUGGCCUGCCACCCUGCCCAGUGGCUGGAGGCUGGGGGCCAUGGAGCCCUGUGAGCCCCUGCCCUGUGACCUGUGGCCUGGGCCAGACCCUAGAACGACGGACAUGUGAUCGCCCUGUGCCCCGUCAUGGGGGCCCCUUCUGUGCUGGUGAUGACACUCGGACUCACAUCUGUAACAUGGCCAUUCCUUGCCCUGUGAAUGGGGAGUGGGAGGCCUGGGGAAAAUGGAGCACCUGUACCCGUGUGAACAUGAAGUCCAUCAGUUGCGAAGAAAUCCCAGGCCAGCAGUCACGCAUAAGGAACUGUGGAAGCCGCAAGUUUAAUGGACAGCGAUGUUCUGGGAAAAACCAGGAUAUCCGACACUGCUAUAACAUCCAAAACUGUAUCUUAAAAGGCUCAUGGUCACAGUGGAAUACAUGGGGGCUGUGCACACCACCAUGUGGACCCAACCCCAGCCGGGUUCGCCAGCGCCUCUGCACAGCCUUGCUCCCCAAGUUCUCGCCUACAGUUUCUAUGGUCGAAGGUAUGGGUGAGAAGAAUGUUACCUUCUGGGGGAUCCCACGGCCACUGUGUGAAGAGCUACAGGGGCAGAAGCUGGUGGUACAAGAGAAACGGCCAUGUCUACACGUGCCUGCCUGCAAAGACCCAGAGGAGGAGAAACCCUAAAACAUCUUGCUUCCAUUCUGACCCUCUGACCUCCCAGACCUCAAUAAACCAGCCAUUUCGGGCUCA